UCCCGAGGGUAAAUUCUUAGGAUUCGCAGCUUCCAAACAGCCGAUUUCCUUUCCUUGCAGCUGGGAGGGCAGGUUCCCUGGCUGCUGCUCCUGUGCUCACUGGCUGCCACUACUGGACCUUCCCCAGGAGGAGUCAGUCGCUUCACUUCUAAGGAAAGUGCUUUUCCUUGGUCCCUCAAGGCAAACAAGGGGGAGACAGGGAGGGGAGAGAAGGGAUCCGGGAUCAGCAGGAUGCUCCGAGGCAGCGGCAGCAGCUGGGCUCUGGAAUCCCGGCCCGGCGAGUCACCCCGUUAGGAGGCCCCGCCAGCACCCCGGCCCGGGGGGCAGCCGCGGCAGCAGCAUGGGCAGCGGCAGCAGCAGGAGGAAGCGGAGCUGCAGCCCCGGCGCGGAUCGGCCCGGCAGGCGGGGCAGAAGCAGCAGCGCCCCCAGCGGGCAGGGCGAGGAGGCCAGGGGCAGCCAGGCGCCCGCCCCCACGGAGCUGCCCAGCAGCAGCCUGCGGCGGCCGCAGCCGGCGGAGGACUCGGACUGGGAGCUGCUGGAGGAGGUGCUGGCUGAGUGCGAGGAGCCGGGCGCGCUGCCCCCCACGGCCCGGGGACCGGCUGCCCCCAGCCCGGGCCCGCCUCGCCGGGGGCCCGCCGGGGACUCCUGGGCCGGCCACGACCGGCACCCAAGGGCGGCGGCGGCGGCGGCAGCAGCAGGGAGCGGCCGGGGCAGCGGUGCCGCCGGAGGGGACCAGCCGGCCUCCUUAACAAGAAGCAUGCAGGACCCAGAGAACAACAACUCCGCCAGUUUCCAGUCAGAAGUAACAAGAAGCCAGAGAUGCAAUCCCCAAUAUCGUACGAUUACUCUGAAGAAGAGCUCAUGGCGAGUAUUGAACAAGAAUACUGCCGCUGAGAGCCCGUGCUGUACGAUCAUAGCUGACAGUGGCACAUAUGAGCAAGGGUUCUGCCAACAAAAUAACCCCACACACAGUGAGAUUGUUCUGAAGAAAUGGAGAAGUCGAGAAUGAAAUGAGAGAGAAUGUUACCAUUCAGGAGGCUGUUAGUAUUGUAGGACUUCGAAGAACUCCUCUUUGGCAAGUGCUGAGCAAGAGCACUGAUUAACGAAGGAACCCUCACUGACCAGUGAAUAAAAGCAAAGUGGUGGGGAAAAAAUAAGAUCAUAUUACAUUCCUCUUGUAAAUUAAUAUUUAAAAGCUAGUUUCCAAGUAAUACUUGUGUAUGAAGUCUUGAAUGUAUUGCAAGGUUGAGAUGUGCCAUUCUGACAGAGUGAUUUCAGUCAGAGAAGUGCAGCAAAUCAUUUGAAUAAAUACUUACUUGAUAGGAUAUAUCCAAAAUUUACUUUUCCUGACACUUAGCUAUGGGUCAAAUUCAGACCUACGGUAAGCAGAUUACAACUCUAUACACCAGGUCUGAAUUUGCCCCACAUUUUUUUUUAUUAUUAAAUAUUCCACAGUACAGAAAAAGGGAGGGAAGCGAAUCAAUCAUUCCACACUUAGGCUGCAGGAUCUAAGAGUUCAAAUCCGGUGACGGUGAAGCCUUGUACUUUUAAAUUAAGGUUUCUGGUGUGUGUAGGGUUUUGUUUUGGUUUUUUUUUUUUGGAGCCUGAUGUACUUGGAGUAGCUGCUUAUUAUCAGAAUUAGAAAAAAUAACUUUUCUGUCCUCCGAUGGAACAUAACACAUGUCAGAUGAAAUCUCAAAGGCAAAUCAGUGAGGCACAUUCUAAUUGGAACAGUGGGAUACACCUUAAGAUGUCAAGGUUUGACUUUCCUUUUGUACUUUGGUGUAUAUUUCACAAAUAUCUAUGUUCCAUGUAAUUCUCAAUAAAAGGCAAAAGUAUCA